GUUCAUACCAACAUUCAGUCUAAAUCAUAACUCUCAGCUACCAAACUAUGCACUUGCACAGCUGCAAAAAACGAUAAUUAACGGGAAAUUAGUGUGGAAAUCAUGGAUGUAGUAACAAAGAUGUCUGUAAUAAAUUAUCCGUCAUUAUGUCACACGUGGAGGCACUAUUGUAGCAUAUACGAAUACAAGCUAACAAACUGGAAAGUAUUAAAAUAUAUUAUAUUUGAAGAUGCGGGCAUUUCAACAGCAGGGUCAGUCACAUGAAGGAAAACAUAUCUGUCCAUUUUACCUAAAGAAUCGAUGCAUAUAUGGCGAUCGAUGCAUUAAUUCACAUUGUUUACCAGAAAACAAGUCGUUCCAGACUUCAAACCAAUUCAUCUCAUACCUAUCGCAGAGAUUUGAAGGAAGCCAUUGACUCAAAAUAUUCAAACAGUCAGUCAAAUAAUCUCACCAGAUGCCUAACUAACAUUGAUACUAAUAUUGUCAGUAAAACCAAUAAUAAACCAAUAUCACCUGGUUUAACAGGUUUUUCAUUCCGUCAGACUGAAAAAGUAAUCAAAAUGCAGUCAUCUCGAUAUCGUGAAUGGGGAUAUGAAGCUUCGGAAAUUUAUAGCUCCUAUGACCAGCUGAGUGAAAAAGAGCUAUCUAUAUAUCGUUCAGCUGGGAAUUUUGUUCCUGGUACAAUUCCUUUAUCUUCACCGUCAGAAAAUCUAUGUACAUUUUCUUAAAAAUGAACUGUUUUAUUCUUGUAUCAUGUGUCUAAAAUAAUUCUGUACCAA